AUGCGAUACGAGGAUAUCCUGACUGAGGUUUCGAAAUUGGAUGCCCUCUCAAACGCCUAUCUCGCGGAACGCUCGAUAUCAUGUCUGAUUGUGUACUCUCUUCCUCCUGCAACUACGUCUUUGUUCAAGUACGCGCCCUGGGACGAACCGUGCCUCUUCGUGGGCGAUGGCAUCACCGUCGAUCGGACCCUUGCCGUGCGAUGCCGCGCAUCUUUGGUCAGAGAGAAGAGACUCGAUCAGAUGCUGGCGAAGCAACAAUUGCAUCACGACGAUAUGAGAGACUGCAGAGGGGAGAGACGCCGUUCACCGCGGUCAGGCAAUAGAUCUAGCACACGACACUCCGACAAUUCGCGUUCCAGACAAGAUCAAACAUAUUCGCCUGUCCGCUCUCCCUCACCGCCGCAGGUAUACUCUCCACCACCGCUGAUUCCACGGCGGAUGCGCUCGCGCUCUCGGUCGCAUUCACCGCCACGUAAGCGGUUGCGAACUACGACCGAUGAAGACGAGCGGAGUAUACUCCUAGAAGCUAUCAAGGAGGUGCGCCGCGAGCGCGAUGUGGCCUUCGAGAGGGAAGAUGUGCUUCGUCAUCAGCUGUCAAUGGCUACGGAAGAGAAGAAGGCCCUUACCCUUCUUGAACGACAAGUUGAGGCUUGGACAAGCACGGUCGAGACCUGCGAGAAGCGCGUACAUGCUUACGAACGACGAUUUUGCUUGCUUCUCGACAUCGAGCGCGAGACAGCUCAAACUUCAGGAUCCUCGAUAGUUGCGAGUGGAGACGUGUCUUCCCUGGGCAUGCUGGAAGGGGUGAUACGAGACUAUAAGCUAAGGGAAAGGCGCGCUCGAAGAGAAACCGCAAAGGUGCAGGCGUCGUACAACAGGCGCAUGGAUGUCCUCAACGGGAAGGGCUCUUCCUCAGGAGGACAGAGCUUCUCGAACGCUCUCUCAGCUGUCGCCCAGCUAGCUGCAUCUAUUGCCUCAUAG